AUGGCGCCCAGUACGACCAGAUCAAAAGCAAAGGCGAAGGGGCCAGCACCCAAUACUGGGCCCGGCGCAACAUCCGCGACCACACAGAAGAAGCCAGUACGACCCGACUCCAAGAACCCGCCCAAACUCUUCGUCCUCCCCAAGGACACCAGCCCUACAGCUCGAAUUGCUACAUUAGCCCAUCCCAGAACUUCCGAACCGACACGAUACUUUAUCUGCCCUGAAAAGGGGUUCUUUGAGUUCACAAAAAUUGCCGCCCCGAAAUCCCAACCUCGAAGUUGGCUGCUCGCUCCUAACGAGGAGGAAUGCGCCAAUGAAGGUUCUCAAACCACGGGCAAUGGGGAAAACAAGGCCGCUGAGAAAGACGAAGGAAACGAAUAUACACCGUCAGAAGGCUAUAUCACCUCCUCCGCCGACCUCUUCCUCGCCACGCCCAUAGACCCGUUAUUCCUCCUCCUCCCUGCCCUCGCUGGCAAGUCUUCCAAGCCCCGAGAAGAACCUAAGCGCCUCUUCCUCGAAGCAGACGACUAUCUCGACGUCCUCUCCUCCACCUCGCCCCACCUCAAGUCACUUCUUGGCCAAGACUCUUUGCGCAGCAAGUUCACAGAUCGCCUAGGCGCUGUUUGCGACACGGUCGACGCCGGCGAGACCAUGUACCGCCUCUCUGAACCUAAACUCAUCGCCAUCUUAGCCGAGAAAUGCGCGGCAGUAAUUGAAAAGGGGCUUCCGGCAAGCAUGGAAGACUUGCUAGUGAGCAAAGCACUAGCAGUCCCUCUCCUCUCCAUAACGCGCGGGGAGGACUGCCCAGAUGAGGAACUUGAACUUGCGGACGCGAACAGCAGCGCGACUCCUAAGACCGAGAGCGCCGAGUCGCAAACACCAAGUUCGGCUACAGAAAGCUCUGCAACCCCAGUAUCUGAGGCAUCCACCGCCCUGACGACGCCUUCGCCAGAUGCCAAACCACCAAUCGUGGCCCCUGAAGGUGUGCCGCACCUCCUCCGCCUCCGCACCGCCUUCCAGUACCUCUGCUCCUCCUACAUACCAGCCGCACUCAGCACCUCACUCGCUUCCAAGUUCAACACCCCCUCCCCCGACCAAGCAUCGUCUUUUCGAGACUUCACCCCCCUAGACGCUCACCUUGCGCACCUAGCAAAGCUACGCGCCGACGCUCUCGCGUCGCGGUCCAUGAACGACUUCUCCAGGAAGAGAGGUUUCGAGGACGAGGAAACGGGCGAGACUAGGGCGGAGAAGAAGCGGAGGAAGGAUGAGGAGGAGAAGCUGGCGAAGAAGAAUGAGAGUAGAGGCGUGAGAGACCUCAAGAAGGUGAAUGUGAGCGGUAUGAAAAAGAUGAGCGAUUUCUUCAACAAGAAGACCUGAGGGCACCUGGGUGCCUUUGGUCAGGAGUGCUGUGUACGAGUAUUUGAAAUAUGGGCGCCUUUGAGGAGUUUGUGCGGGUGGUUUUGGGGCGUUUGGGCGGCUGCAUGAAGAGUAUAUGGCAUUGUUAAAUACGUUGUUAGUGUGGAAUGCAGAGCAAUGACAUUAUAGUUCCCGAUUUAGAACGAGAUAUAUAGUGAACAAGGUCCUAGACCCAAUAACAAGUAUUUAUAAUUUGCUACUGGAGAA